GUAUUGUGACUUUUUGCAGGAUUGUGGAGUUACGCACUUCGAGAAAACAGCCAACAAGUGGAGGAAGAACGGACAAGGCGAUGAGUGGCAUGAGAAAUGGUGGGAACACUAUGAUGCCUCUGGCAAAGCAGAGAAAUGGGCACGUAAGUGGUGCAGCAUUGACCCCAACACACUCCUCGAGCCUGGCCAUGCUCGAUCAUGUUUGGCACGAAAGGUGGGACGAGAAGUAUGACGGGAAGGGCAGCAGCACGAAAUAAGCGGACAAAUGGGCCGAGCGCUCCUAGGGUGACGGCUGGUCAAAAUGGGGUGGCAAGGGUUGAGAACUUCGAUUCAAAUGGUCAUGGUGUCAAACAAGGGGAGACAUGGUGGCAAGGAAAAUAUGGAGAGCGGUGGAACCGCACUUGGGGUGAGGGUCACAACGGAUCUGGAUGGGUGAAUAAGUACGGAAAGAGCAGCUGUGGCGAGCACUGGGAUACUCAUGCGGAGCAAGACACGUGGUACGAGAGGUAUCCCCAUUUUUGGGUUUGAACAUUGCUUCGAGAAUUCAGUCCAGUUUCGUGAAGUUCGGAAACCACCUGAGUACUCAUGAGACUUGAAAAUUGUUUCCGUUUUCAUAUGACCAUAGUGCUUACAGAAGGGCAUACCCAGGAUAUAUAGUAGCUUACAUAACUUGAAGAGGAGCAUAUCUAUUUUCUGAAGUUCUGUUGUA